AUGUUAAGCGCCAACAACAAAACUUCGGACGACCCUGGCGAUAACACCAUCACCAUUGGGAUCGACUUUGGCACUACCUACUCAGGAGUCGCUUACACUUGGUCGAAGAAGUUAGCUCGAAUUGAGAUUAUCACGAGCUGGGAUUCCGACCUUCACUCUAAUGCCGACCUGGAGAAAGCCCCAACCGCCAUUUCUCUAGACUCGGACAAACAUGUACUGUGGGGCUAUUCCAUUCCCCACGAGUUUGGGCAGAUCCGCUGGUUCAAGCUUCUUUUGAUCGACAAGAAUGAUCUCCCUGAUGAUGUCCAGAAUUCUCCCAAGAUCGCGGAAGCAGUCGCGUAUUUGGAGAAGCAUAACAAGUCCGCAAUUGACAUCGUCAGCCUUUACCUUCGCCAUAUCUGGAACCAUGCCACCCAGCGAAUCAUGGAGACUAUCAGCAAAGACAUGGUAUGCUCCUCGAAACUCGAAAUCGUCAUCACGCUGCCAGCCAUUUGGCCUGCCUAUGCAGUCGGACGCAUGAGACAAGCCGCUAGAAUUGCUGGUAUGCUUGGGGAUCGGGAUCCUGGUCCGACCAUUCUCACGUUCGUUUCGGAGCCGGAGGCGGCUGCGCUCGCGACUCUCUCCGAUAUGCAGGGCCGUCAUGACAUCAAGGUAGCGUUGCACUAUUCUGCUGGUGACAGUUUCGUCGUGGUUGAUUGUGGUGGAGGAACGGUGGAUCUUAUCAGUUAUGAUAUGGUUAGCCUUUCCCCAGCGACGGUCAAAGAAUGUGUCAAGGGUCAGGGUGGACUUUGCGGCGCUGUCUUUGUUGACGAGGCCUUCACCGAUAUCCUCAAGCGCAAAUUUGGCAAAAACAAAUGGCGGAAGCUUGGGGAUGACGCACGCCACCGUAUUCAGCAUGACGAAUGGGAGAAUGGGAUCAAAACUCAGUUUGACGGUUCAUACAGGGAGUGGAAGUUCACCAUGCCCUGGGAGUGUCUUGAACAUGUUGACCUCAAGCCUGGUACCCUUAUCCCCAAGAUCGUGAUUACUUCAGAUGAGAUUCAGCGUGCUUUCGAUCCUGUCCUAGACAAGAUAUUUGUCAUGGUUCAAGAGCAGGUGGCCGCGGUGACUCGGAAGAAGGGACAUGGUCCAAAGUAUGUCAUUCUUGUUGGUGGCUUUGGGCGUUCAAGAUAUCUCUUUUCUUAUCUCAAGAAGAAGCUUGGAGAUGAGAUUGAGAUACUUCAGUCUCGCGGCGCCAGCUCCUGGACCGCCAUCUGCCGCGGAGCUGUAAUACAAAGCAUUAGCUCCAAAGGCCGUUCGAAUCUGUCUAUUGAUGUCCAGGGGCGGAUCUCCAGAGCCAGCUAUGGUGUUCGUUACUCUACCACCUGGGACCCCCAAGUCCAUGAUGCAUCUUUGAGGUACUUUUGCCACUACGAAGCCGGGUGGAAAGCAAAGAACCAGAUGUGCUGGUAUUUGAAUCAGAAGGGCGACCUCGUGAAUUCAGACAAACGUGUCACAAGUUCCUACCUACGUCAAUUUGACACAAACGACGACCAGAAACAGACCAUUGUGGAGGAUAUCUACUGCACAACUGCCUCACAGCCACCCAAAGUCUGGAAUCAUCAAGUCAAGAUGCUCUGCACGGUGAAGUGGGAAACGAAGAUCGACCUGACCACCCUUCCAACAUUCACCAACCCCGUGGGAAAGGUUAUCUACGUCCUCAAGUACGAUAUCGAGAUGACGGUUGCUGGGGGUAUUAUGGACUUUGCUGUUUACCGCGAUGGCGUUCGGCAGGGAGGAAAGAGUGUCAUGAUUGAGUAUGAGAAUGCCUAA